AUGCUUUUCGCUCUACUGUCUUCAGUGCUGCUCGUAGGAACUGUAUGGGCAGCUGUGGAUCAGAACUGUACAACAUAUGAUGGCGCUACCUCUAAGUUUCUUUUCGCCGAAUCUGCAGUAAACUGUGAGGAUAAAUUGUCGUCUACCAAUUGCGCCCUCUUAUACCAAAACCCAGCGGUCGCAGGAAAUGAGGCAGAGCGAGAUCCGAAGUGCAGCGGAGAUCCGAUAAGCCAAGGAUACCAUGCUCGUCAGUUACGAAGAUAA